ACCUAGUACUACUAACACAAGUAAAUGUGUUGAGUAAAAGAUAUUAAAAGGGUUUUUUACCCACUUAGACUGACUCCAACCCUAGAGCUAAAAAGUCAUUUACCCAUUUUUAACUCUUUUUUGGUGCUCCAAGUCUCCAACCCAACCCACAUUAUUUUGGGAGCUAAAAAUGGCUAUUGGUGAACUGGGAGCCAAAUUUAGCUCUCAAAAGAGUGGAAAAGCCAAAUUUGGCUAGAGAAAAUGGUGGACCCGCGGCGGGUCCGCCUUUAUUUUUUAUUUGUUUCUGUGGAAUUUUCUCAUUGGUUGAUUGUGUUGUUUUCCUUUUUUCUUUUUUGUGUGGUAUUUUGUCAUUGGUUGAUUGUGUAUGUUGUUUGUUUAAUUGUUUGAAAGAAGAUAUGAAUUGUUGUAUGUUUAAUUGAUAUUUUCUCAUUGGUCCCGAAGUUAACGGUAACAAAAUAAUGACUAAUUUUUGAAAUAUUUUUUGUCUCGGAAUUUAAAAAAAAAUUACAUCGUUUUUUUUCAAAAGUAAUAACUAACUAUAGAAUAAUUAAAGUGAAAUAUGAAAAUUAGAGGUCAAAUAAGUAUGGUUUAUUGUAAUAAAUUGAAAAAAGGGAGAUGGGAAGCGAAAUUUAGUUUUGUGUAGGGUUGGAGUGAAAAUGGGAUUUGGGGAGCUAAAAAGCCAUAUUUGGCUAUUUGGGGAGCCAAAUUUAACUUUACGGGUUGAAGUUAGUCUUAUAGCUUGAAACAUUGAAGUCAGUAUUACGGUAAAUAUCUAAUACGGCUUCAUUCGGUUGGAUUGGAUGGUACCAUUGUUACAAAAAACAAAUUGUGUCGAGGAUUUGGUCAGUAGAACUAUUAAGUCAAUUAUAAUAGUGGUUCGAUUCAUUUGAUUGCACGAUUUAGAGAUGGAACAAACGGUUUUUAUCAAUUUGACAUGAAGCUAGAUGAACCAUCCUAAUUUUAACUGGUCCAUUGGUUUACUAUUUUGGCCAAUACCCAAAUGUUGGUCUUUUCUUCCAUACUAUCCUCUACAGCUAUUUUCGUCCUUGGAAUCUUAUUUCUUACUUACUUACACAGCAAACUUAUAGGGCUAGAAUGUAGCAAAAAAAACUAGUUAAAUGACUAAAAGGUUCCUCUAACAUUAUUCGGGGGGAGUAUUGAGAGGAACGAAAGAGGAAGUGGAUGGAAGUGGCUUUGUCCGCAAAGUGCAAACUCCACCACCUGCUCUUCUUCUUCUUUGUUCUGAACACGUUUCAGACUUGACUGUGUGGAGGAGGAAAAAGCUGCCCUUUCUUUACUUUUUCCCCCCCUUCCUAGCCUGAAACUACACUGCAUUGCCCAGCACUGAAUCAUCAACAUUACAUUCAUCAGGACUGCAGCAGCAGCAGAGUCAGACUCGCAGAAGCAGAGAUGACAGAGAGAACACAGACAGAAGAGGUAAAUCCAAUAGAUCUAUUAUCAUGACCCAUGACAUGGAUCUGAAUGAAUGCCCCUUCCUGAAACUCUCUGAAUGAAUGAAUGAAUAUGAAUAAUAAUAAUGAUCAGACUACUGUUGCUGCUGCUGUCAGAGAGUCAUGAGACAGACUGACUUGGUCAUUCAUCUCUCUCUCUCACUUACUUUCUCUCACCAUCCAUCCAUAAUCUCAUGAUUUCACUGCUAAAGAAAUAUCAGAAAGAAGAAAACAACAAAGAAGAAAGAAAUACGGGUUCUGCACAUCCAAACCGUCCAUCUCCUGCCACACGGGCGCCUCUGUGAGAUCCAGGGGGGGACACGGGCGGACGCCUCUCUAGAUCCUUUCUUUAGGGGUGGGCAACGAAGAAACGCGUAUUAGGGUAUACUCAUAUCCGUUACAUUUUUUUUUAAUGAUUACGAAUAUUCAAAUAUCCACUUUUUUUACCGAAAAUACCCAUUUUUUUAACGAGAUAAAAUUUGGGAUCAAUGCUUUCUACAACGAGUACCCACGAGUUAUCUGUUUAUACCCGUUUAGAUAAUAUGAGUACCCGUAAUACUCGUUUGCAAAAAUUCCUACAAUAGACAUUACAUAGCCCAACCCCAACCAUUAACAUUAGCCUGCGAGUAUCAUGAAUCUACCAUUUUUGUUAUUACGAACGGAUUAGUACGUUGCCAAACCACUCUUUUUUAUUUUCGUUUGAAGAUUAUUGAUGUCAACCAUAACAAUGUCGACCAAAUGCAAUUCAAGAACCAUAACUUUGCAACCCCAAGUACGAAGUUAGUGUGUAGUUAGUUAAGGCCGUAAUGAAACUGGCACAAAAUUUCGUUCGUGCAAUUUACCUAGUGUACAGAACCAACGUCAUGGCCAGGGAGAGGAAGCUUGGACACCCGAGCCUUCGGAUGCUGUACUUCGCUACUCUUUGUAAGCUGCACCUUCUCUACGCUGCUAUCUCACUGAAGAGAAAGCACCAUUAGGAUUUAGGAUUGUCUUCUUGGCCAGUACAUUGACGUCUUGUUAACCAGCGGCAGGGACGCUCCUCCAUCUUUCUUUCCUUCCCACUUAAUAGUUUGCUCAAUAUUCAAGACCAUAACAAAUGUCAUCACAAUAAUGGAACAGAAGGAAGACAUCAGAUAAUAAUAUUAGAAACUGAAUUGCUAUAUAGCCCUAUUUUUUUUUAUUUGUAGCCUUAGGAGAAUGUAAUUACUAUUUUACCCUCACUUCCUUUUAAAAUAUUGAACUUGUUACAACUCCAACCAAACACUCCCUUCUCUCCCAAAAUAAUUAAAUAUUCUUAAAAAUCUAAAUCAUUCAUCAAUCUAUUAUAAAAAAUCUAAAAUAAUAACCAAAAAAUCUAAAUAAAUAUCUAUUUAAAAAAUCUAAUAUACUUCACAAAUUUAAAUUAACAGAAAAUUAAAAAUAAAAUAAAAACCGGCGACGUCCCGGCAGGACGUUCGUCCGUCGCCGGCGACGUUCCGGCAUGACUUCAGGCCAUCAGAGGUGGUGGUCGCCGGCGGAGGUUGCGGUCGCCGGCGGGAGGUGGCUGUCGCCGGCGGAGGUGGCGGUCGCCGGCGGUGAGUAUUGUAGGAUUGUGUUUGGAGAAAGUGUUUGAAUAUUUUGGUCUUGGAAUGUGUGAACUAAAUGUAUUUAAAUGUGAUGGGUAUUAUUUCACUUUUUAUAAUUUAGGGCUACAAAUAAAGACAAUUUAGGGCUACAAAUAGUACGCCCCUAUUAGAAAGCCGGCAAAGAAAUUACAACAACAAAAAAGGCAGACAAGAAAGUGACCUUCUCCCCGAUCUCCGAUUGCAUCUCGUUGGCGAACAUUUUAAUUGGACGGGUAUGUAUGGGUAGUUUGGGUACCUGUUAUCCGUUCCGUAAAGGUUACAGGGUACCAUUAACAUUUAUAGGUUUGGGACUGAUACCCGUUUCGAACGGGACAGAUAUGCCAUCCUGUCCCGUUGCCCACCCCUAUCUUUCUUUUCUAUUUCUUUCUUUCUACCCAUAAACAAACUUGUAAAAUACAAACACAUAUUUGACCCAUAUUAUUAGGAUAAUUAGUCCAAACAGUGACAAAAAGGUAUACGUAUAGUAUGCCCCUCUACUACUAUUAUUAUUGACACAAAAUGUCAUUUCUUUAUUAUUUAUUGGGUUAUAUGUAUAAUAUGCCCCUCUACUAUGACGUUUUAUCAAACAUGCCCCUCUGCUAUUUUUUACAUCAAACAUGCCCCUGUACAUUGACAAAAUUAUCAAACAUGCCCUUCUGCUAAAAUUUCUAUUGCCAAAUGGCAUUUUGUGGAGAAUAUUAAUAUUUUAAGUUAAAAUAUGCUGAUAUGGAGGUGACGUGGCGAGUUAACCGUUAGUCAACGAUCUUGAUCGUCCAACAUAACAGUCAACUCUCAUAUUUGGCCACUUAAGUAAAGUUUAGGAUUAGUUUAAUUAGAACACAAUGUUCAGACCAGAUAAAUAUAUUAUCGUUAAUUUUUAAUAAAUAUGUGUGGAGUUGGUCUAAGCUAGAAGGAGAUUGAAAGAGCUGACGAGGUCAGAUUUAUCCCUCCUGAUAUGUGUCUGAAUGUGUGCCUCUCCAAGUUUUUGUUUGUUCUUUCUGUACGUUACUACUUGGUGUGCGUUUGUUAUCUUGUUUGUGCUUGGGUUAAAUUAUCUGUUUUGUUGAUUCGGUUCUUAGUAUCUUCCUCGCCCGGAAACAGAUAUGUAGCUAGAAUGUAGUAGAUGAAGUUAAUCUGCUAGCUGCUGCUGUGAACUUGGAUCUCUCACGGGCACGCUUACAGCGGCAAGUCUUCUAGGUACUGCAACUGCAGCGAAUUUUAUCUUCACACAUCAGGCUUCGGUCGAGUUGGCCAAGGUGCUUCUACUCAUGUGGCCAAAAGUUCGGAGGUAAGAAAAAGACACGUCAUGGGAGUAUGUGGUCAAGGGUGUUGGAUGACCGAAGUGAGAACUAACCCAGUGAUGGUCAGAGCAGCAGCCCUAGGGUGGUCAAAGUGACAUGGAGUAAUCAACUCUAGGGGUGGUCAAGGUGACCUAGGGUGAUCGACCCUAGGGUGGUCGAGGUGACUUUGGGUGAUAGAUCCCGACAGGAGCGGACCCACCCUUUAGCAAGGUGUGUCACCCACACACCUUCACUUGGAAUUUUUGUGAGGCCCACUUUUUUUCAAUGAAAAGUUUUAAACACGAAAAUUCCGACACACCUUAUUACAUUAAAAAAAUUAUAUUGUUAUAAAGUUACUAAAAUAUGUAAAUAUAGGAAUUAUCGGACUUUAGACUAGGUUGCUGAGUGUCGCAAGGAAAUAAAAUUCCCAACCCCUCGUAGCCAUUUGUUCCACCCUCCAAUUGUUGGCAUCAGGUCGACGACAUUCUCAUUCUCGUUCAAACUUUCAUGUUGACGCUUGCUCCAACCUUCGAGCCUCCCAUUCCACCUUUCCCACCUUAAGGUAAUUAAUGUUGAGUUUACGUCUUGCAACUACAACCUAUAAAAUGACAUUUUUUCAUACAUGAAGUAUGAACUUAAUCAAGAAUGAUCGGAAUCGGUUUAGAGAUGUAAUGAAGAAAUCUUGCAGAAUGAAAAUUCGUUGUGGUUCACUAUAAGACAAUAAAAUUAUGAAUAAUAUUUUUUAUGUUUAUGUUUAAUUGAUUAUUUUGUUUAAUUAAUUUUUAUUUUAAACUUAUUUUCAUCGGCUGACACACCUAUCCAAGAAUCCUGGGUCCGCCACUAAACCCCGAGGUUACGCAGAGUGAUCCUAGGAUGGUCUAGGUGACCCGGUAUGGGAUUGACCCUAGUGUGAUCGAGGUGGUCUAGGGUGAUUGUUCCUAGGGUGGCAGGAAUGAACCUGAGGUGGCGAAGGUGACAGGGGGUAGGGACCUCGAGGGUUGCCGGAGUGAAUUCAAGGUGUCCAAGGUGACCCGAGGGUGGCCUAGCUAGGUGACCCGAGGUUAUGGAUUCAGAGGGUAGCCUAGGUGACCUGGGGUAACUGAUCCUGAGGGUAGCCGGAGUCACCCCGAAGCGGUCGAGGACUCGAGGUGCGGUGACCAAGGUGACCCGGGGUUAUGGACACUAAAGGUGUCAGAGUGACCUUAUGAUGGCCAAGGUGACUGGGUGAUAGACCUCGAAGGUGGCCAAGGUGAUUAGGGUGGUGGACCCUGAGAGUGGUUAAGGUGGCACGGGUUAUGGACCCCGGGGGUGGCCUGAGUGACCCCAGGGUAGCCAAGGUGGCCUGAGUGACCCCAGGGUAGCCAAGGUGACCUGGGGUGAUUGACUCCCAGCGGCGGAUCCAGAACACAGAAGGGCACUGGGCCGCAUUUUAUUAGAAAAUUAGAAUAGUAAAAAAAUAUAAUGAUUAUAUUUUUUUUACAAUGUAAAUUGUACAAGACUGUAUUUUAAUUUAGCGAAUGCAUUAAUAAUGGAGUCCAUCCAUACCAAUAGUAUACACUGUUUCAAAUAAAAUACUUGAGCAAUCGACUAGAAAUCCAUCGCUCAUUUUGUUGCGCAAAUCAAUUUUCACAUGUUUCAUUGUUGAAAAGGUUCUAUUCGUAUUAGCUGUUGAAACGAGCAACAUCAACACUAGACAAAUCAAUCUACUAAUCUAUUUGCAUUGUAUUUCCAUCCCUAUAUCCACCAGCUGCUCUAGUAAAUUUUCCAAGAUAACAAACCUCAUAUAUGUUUCAGUCUUUUACGUUUUAAACUUUUUGAAUUUUUAGGUUUCAUUGCUUUUUUAGACGAAUAACCUUUGGGGUUAGAAUUUAUAAGCUAAAUUUAGAGUAGUGAUUUUGAAUAUGUUCAUCUGAAUUAUUUUUCUAAUUAUACCCAAUCUUAUUUUAAAAUAACAAUUACCUGAAUAUCUAAAAUCGAAAAAUUCAUAAGGCCUAUACUAACUAUGGAUCCAGAGGAGGGCUAGGCGGGGGCCCGGGGUGGCCACCCCCUGGAUCCGCCACUGUUGACUCCUAUGGUGGCCGAAGUGACCUAGGGAUGGCCAAGAUGACCAGGAGGUGGUCGGAAAGUCGAAGUGACCCCAAGAUGGCCAAGGUUACCUAGAGUGUUGGAUCUCAGCGGUGGCUGGAGUGAACCUACUGAUGGAGUAGACUGAGUGACCCCGGGAGUGAAGCUGUAACAUCCUGAAAUUUUUCCCGACGAAGAUAUUGUCCGCUUUGGGUCUUGACCCUCACGGUUUUCGACUUGGGGUGCAAUUCAAGGUGACUUCCCAUAAGGUCACACAUCCUUGUUGUACUCCACACUGAGCACGUUUAACUCUCACAAGAACUCCUCCGUUUCACCCCAAAAAGCGUCUUGUCAGUUAAGGUCGAUUUCCUACUAAUGAACCAUAGAUCUCUCCCGUGCUUUGUCGAUGUGGGAUUCUCCUAAGGUGUUACAAACACCCCCCCCCCUCCUUGGGACUCAACGCCCUCGUUGAGGUUUUCCCCACCAUCGUUCAAGAGAGACGCGGAGAGACUAUGAUACCACUUGUAACAUCCCAAACUUUUUCCCGACGAAGAUAUUGUCCGCUUUGGGCCUCGACCCUCACGGUUUUCGACUUGGGUGCAAUUCAAGGUGAAUUCCCAUAAGGUCACCCAUCCUUGUUGUACUCCACACUGAGCACGUUUAACUUCGGAGUUCUCACAAGAACUCCUCUGUUUCACCCCAAAACGCGUCUUGUCAGUUAAGGUCAAUUUCCUACUAAUGAACCAUAAAUCUCUCUCGUUCUUUGUCGAUGUGGGAUUCGCCUAAGGUGUUACAGAAGCUAUACGAAAUAAGGAACCAGAAAACAAACCCAAAAAAAUUAUGACCAAUAUUGAAAUUAACCUGAAAAUAAAUUGUGACCUAUACUGAAAUUAACCCGAAAAUAAAUUAUUAAUAACUCUAAAAAACGUCUCCGUUGCUAAAUCUUUUUGUAGCCUUCUGCGACGACUGAUCCGUCACAAAAUUAACCUAUUUGCAACGAAGUAUUCGUCGCAGAAUACCCGUAUUUUCUGCAACGGCGCAAAUGUCGUUGCAAAGUCGCAAAAUCAAGAUUUUGCGACGAAACUAUCGUCGCUAAUCAUUCACUUUCAGUGCCGACCUAGAUUUUUUUUUGCAAUGAACCUAUUUUCUUCGUCGCAAAACUUUCUGCGACGAUGUAUGGGCGACGAAGUGCUUUUCCUUUUGGCGACAGAAGAAUUCGUUGCGCAAGGUUUCUACGACGAAUUUGUCUGUCAUAGAAAGCGAAGUUUCUUGUAGUGCUAUCUUAUUAAUCCUUAUGUAAAUAUAUUUGUAAGGAAAAUUUUAAUAAUAUUACGACGUGGGUGUUUGGAGAUUGACGAGUGAUUAUACUCGUGAACUCAUAAAUAUCUAUCCACUCAUGACCGCGAGUACCCAUUAGAAUCAGCCUAGUUAUUCUGCUAACUUGAAGAUUCGUUAGUAUAUACUAACUAAUAUCCAAAAUGUAUGAAUAUCCAAGUCUGUUAAGUAUCUAGAUAGCAUGACUAUUAUUCAAAACAUCACAAACUAAUAUCCAUAUAAUAGAUACCAACCAAUAUCCACAAUCAACCAACUAGUAUUCAAUAUGGAUACUCUUAUGUGUUAUCUGGAUACUAAUUAUGUUCUGUUUGGAUACUAUUCUGUGUUGUCUAGAUAUUAGUUUGUGAAUUUGGAAUAAUAGUUGAGUCAUGGUGGAUAUCAGUUAGCAAACUUUGAAUACUAGUAUGUGCUCUCUAGAUACUUUAGUACUUGAAUAUUAGUUUAUGUAUUUUGGAUAUCAAUUAGUAUCUGCUAACGAAUCUUCAAGUUAGCAGAUUAACUUUCCUCUCCAUUAACAUAGGUUGAGUUUUCUCUUCUAAAAUUUAUUAAAUAUUUUAUCGGAACUUUGUGUGAGUACAUCACCCACUAAAUUUGGUAUAGAUUUAGACUAACCCGACCCAACCAGAACCAUUUCGCCAUCCCUCGUUAAUGUUGAAGAGUAAAAUAAGAAAAUCAAGCGAAUCAUCCCUUAUGUUCUUUCCUUUUUCUCCCUGUCAUGAGACCAGGUCCUACUGCUAUUAAACAUAAAAUGAAAAAUGGGCCGAAAUGGAUUUAUAUGUUACUACGAAACAAUUUGCAAAGAGAAUAAUAGUCUUAAAUUAGCUGGUUCGGAUUUUUUGUCACGAAUUUUGCACUAAACAAGGAGACGGAUCAGCCAUGGACUCCCAUAAUCCCAUAUGUCAUAUUUUAUACGAAUCAUGACAAAUGCAGUAUAGUCAUUAACGAUGGUUUCUUUGAUGUUAUCAAUCGUCAAUCCAACAGAUCGGCCGGCAGGCCGCUGAUCGACAAAACAAGGAAAGAAAACUAGCUAGCUAACUAGCCAAGGAACAGCAAACAACUCAACUAUAUAAAUGUGGAGUCCGUGUUUCAAUGGCGGAUUCAUCUUCUCCCUAGUCUCUCUUUUCUUCUCUUCUCAUUGAUUUGAAUAGUUAUAUAUUGGUCAUCAUCAGGUUGAUCAGUAACUAGCUAGCACAAGAAUGGAAUCAGCAGCAGCAUCCAUGGCUGACGCUGGUACGAAUCCUGCUGCAUCUGGGAGAAGGGAAGGGGAAGUCAGGCGUCUUCACAUCAUUUACUUCCUCGCUCGUAUGGGCUGCAUCGAACAUCCCCACCUCAUUCGUGUUCAUCAUCUCAAUAGAAACGGUGUUUUCCUGCGAGAUGUGAAGAGAUGGAUGGGGGAGUUGCGGGGCAAAGACAUGCCGGAUUCGUUUUCCUGGUCUUACAAGAGGAGAUAUAAAAGUGGUUAUGUCUGGCAAGAUUUGAUGGAUGAGGAUCUAAUUACUCCUAUAUCCGACAAUGAAUACGUACUCAAAGGGUCAGAAAUUUCUGUCGAUCGUCAUUUUGACGCUUGUAAGGACACCAGGAUCCCCUCCUCCCCGUCCUCCUCGACAUCAUCAUCUCCAAGGGAUAGUGACUGCACCAGUGAGCAACAAGCACCUGAUCAACAUCAUCCAACCACGAACAGAAUGAUCAUCAAUUCCCCCACUUCUCUUGCAACAUAUCCUAGCCUUUCUUCCGCGUAUUCAUUCGAGCACUACCCUCGAGACACCGUGCGUACAAGUGCACCCAGUUACAAUGCCCAGUUAAGGACAUCGUCAUCACCUCAUCCCUUGCAGUCCCCCUCGAGCUCAAGAAGGAAGAGGAGCCACAAACAUUCCAAUCCCAUCGUUUCCAGAAUUCUCCGUAAACUGACGACUUGCGAAGUCGUUGACACAGAUGACACAGCUCUGGUCGUUCUGAACAAAUCAUCUUCUCGCACUCCGUCCAGUCGACAGAGCUCCACUUGGAAGAAACAGGUUGACAUGCAAUCCAUAUCAUCUGCAACAAAUCACAAAGUUGUGAUGACUGAGACUGAAUUGGAGCUAAAACUACACAGCCGUAAGCAACAUGACAACAGUUCUGCUAGGGAUGACUAUGAGGGAAUAAAAGGGUCAACAAAGGCGCAGCGACAACCAGCCAGAUUUUGCAGGGAUUCUGAUGUUUCCGCAGCCUAUAGGCCCGUUGGAGCCCCUACUUGCAUGCAAUGUGGGAAGUCAUUCAGACCAGAGAAGCUGCACCUGCACAUGAUCAGAUCUUGCAAGGGAACAAGACUUACGAAAAAAUAUGCUACGUCUCCUGUGAAUCCUGACAAUAUAACUCGGAACUGUGAAUCAAUAGUGCUUGCUGCAACUUCUUUAGCCGAAGUUUUCUCCAAUUAACUAGCAUAUACGGAAGUUCCAUUCCACAGUUCCAUGGCAGUAGUAGAAAGGUAGAGUCAGGUGAACAUGUUAUUGGGACAAACUACAAUUUUUUUGAAUUAACUACGUGAUAACUGCCCAAGAGUUUACUAUAUAACUAUGACGAUUCUUUGGUACUCACUACGAUUUGAAAGAACGUCCAGCUCACAGGCACUUCUACAUACCAACCUGAUUUCUUCUCAUCUGAUACUAGUUAUGUCUCCAGAAACAAGCUCGUACUGGUAGCGGCACCUGAAACACGAUGCAAUCUGCAGGGUAAAAGCAUUAUUCCAAUAAUGUAAUGUAUAACUAUGCAUGAAGGUAACCAUGAACAACUCCCAAGUCAAACUCAAUAGCUAAGACCUUCUUCCAAAGGAAAAUUUUAACCAAACUACCGAGACUGGUUCACACUAACCUAGACAAGCUACCAAUUUUCGGCCGACGGAUGGCUCACAAACUGAGCAAAAGGGUACUUGUAGGCUGGACCAAAACUGCCUUCCCCUAGUUUGUUUGCUGAAGAAAAGUCCCAGUUAAUGAAGCUGUACAGACUUGGAAGUCACAAAGGAGGUUGCACAAGAAUAUUCUUGCAUUUGGUUUCGUCAGAAGUAAUAUUGCCUUUUCAGAUACUUUGGUUCAUCAACAAGUACAGUCAAGUAGUCAACUAUAGUUGGAAAAAAACUGAGCAUAAGUUCAUGGUACCCGGCCAUUCCAACAAGCCUCCAAUUCGCUAGCAGCAGGAUGCCAUAAAAUGAACAUAAUGAGGUUACAAGAGAAGUCUCAAAACAUUUCGAAUGCAUACCAGAGGCAACAUAUAUGAUCUUCUGUUCUUGUACAGAUCAGCAGGGUAAUAAAUAACUAGGCUUCUUAUGAGGGAUUGAAGUUGAUCACCAUCUCCAUUAACAUACAAGAUCACAGAGUAUCCACUAUGAAUGAUAAUUUGAAUGCAACUAAUGUCUCAUAUUUCUCACUCCUAGGCAGACAUUCAAUGCUAUAGGGAGAUUACCGAAUCUGCAAAAGUACUCACCAUGGUUUGUUCUCCAGUCAAGUGAACAGUAUGCCAUAUGCAAGAAGUACUCGAGGAUGUAACUAAUGUCUCAUAUUUCUCACUCCUAGGAAGACAUACAAUGCUAUAGGCAGAUUACCGAAUCUGCAAAAGUACUCACCAUGAUUUGUUCUCAGUCGAGUGAACAGUAUGCCAUAUGAAAGAAGUACUCGAGGAUGCAUGCAACUGUUUUGCUCUCCGACUAGGGCGAGUAUUAAUAAUGAGCCCCUAUCUGAAUCCCACAUCACAACAUGAAGUACAUUAAAAGUUUUAAAAAGAUCACCAACAAUAGUUGGGAAACUCUGGACUGUGAAGAUGCAGAAAACAUGAAAAUUUUGUGCCAAAGGAAAAACUCCACUUAGAAGCAAAAUGGCCAAGCUUGUUUGCAUGACCAGUAGUGCAGUACAUUGGAUUUACAAACCCUCUAGAACAUCUGCACGGAAAAAUAAAUUAAAAUUCCAGGCCUUAAAUUAAACCUCAACUAAAUUGCAAAGUCAAAGCAGAACCAAACCUAGAAAUUUACCAGGCAGCAACCGAUCAAAAGAAGGAAGAACCAAUGAUCUGGAGCAAAUAGCAGUUUCAUGCACCUUCCUUUUGGGGAUAUCAGUGAGCAUCACUGUAAAACUCCCAGUAUUGUCUUUUCCGCUUGCCAGUCUUGGAAUCGAGAGAAACAAGAGCAGGUCCUUGAUUGUCAGAAAAACACGUUAACUGAAAAUAUAUUGGACGAGGAACAACUUGUGAUAUAAGACCGAACAAAGGAAAAGAAGCAAAACAAUUGACACAUUACAGGCAACAAAUGAUGAUUUAGAAU